AUGGCCUCAACGACAGCACAAGCUGCAAAGAAGAAACUCGUGGUAUGCGGCGGCAAUGGCUUCUUGGGUAGCCGGAUAUGUAGAGCAGCAGCACAUAGAGGCUGGAGCGUAACCUCAAUCUCACGCUCCGGCACACCCCACUGGUCAUCCGUCUCCUCAUCGCAAACACCACCCGACUGGUCCGAAAAGGUCUCAUGGCAAAAAGGCGACAUACUCGACCCCGAGUCCUACACAAAGCAUCUCGAAGGCGCAGAUGCCGUAAUACACAGCAUGGGCAUAUUGCUAGAAGCCGACUACAAAGGCGUAAUUAGCGGACGGGAGAGCCCAAUCAAAGGACUACAACGCGCCUUCAGCAGCACCAAGGCCGGAACACAGAAUCCGCUCACACGGAAGGAGGGGGAGAAGUUGAGGCCGCAGGAGAGCGAUGGGCAGCUUACGUAUGAGAUUAUGAAUCGCGAUACUGCCGUUUCCCUAGCCCAAGAAGCCUCAACCCGCAAAGUCCCAACCUACCUCUACAUCUCCGCCGCAGCAGGCACACCCAUUCUCCCCGCACGCUACAUCACAACGAAACGCGAAGCCGAGUCCCUCAUCGCAUCUACCUUCCCUACCAUGCGAUCGAUCUUCAUUCGCGCGCCCUUCAUGUACGAUAGCAGCCGCACAUUCACACUCCCUAUAGCGGCAGCAGGCGGCGUGGCUGCGAUGAUAAACAGCGCGGUUGGAGGAAGGCUGACAUGGCUCAUGGGCGCAGGUGGCAUUAAGCCACUGAAAGCAGAUCUAGUGGGUGAGGCGGUUGUAGAGGCAUUGGAAGAUGAAGAUGUUAGGGGCCCAGUUGAAGUGCCUGAGAUUGAGAAGUUGGGUACGAGGGCGUGGAGGAAGAAUAUGCUAUAA